UGGGAGUGGGAGUCGGAGCCCAUGGGGCGCGAUGUUGGGGGGCUGCCAGUCGCUGCGCUCGGCCGAGGCGCAGUUGUGGCCGCCCGGCCCGGCUUCUCGGGGGCCACUAUUCUGGGAGUCUUUCCUGGCCGGCGGCCACGAGGGCUGAGCCUGACGGGACAAGGGGCAGGCACGAAUGUGGCUUCUGCGCUGGCCGCUCUGGGGAAGGGAAGAAGAAAUUUUAACUUCUCAAGAGUGCUUUAAAACUAAAGAAGACAACAACAAAUAAGGGUCAUCUGAAGUUUAUUGGCACCCAGGACAAAGUUGGAGAUCACUGCUCAAGCAUAAAACUGCUACAGAGAUGUUUGAUGUAAAGGCUUGGGCUGAAUAUGUUGUUGAAUGGGCUGCAAAGGACCCAUAUGGUUUCCUUACGACAGUUAUUUUGGCUCUUACUCCACUGUUCCUAGCAAGUGCUGUCCUGUCCUGGAAAUUGGCCAAGAUGAUUGAAGCCCGGGAGAAGGAGCAAAAGAAGAAACAAAAACGUCAAGAAAAUAUUGCAAAAGCUAAACGACUGAAAAAAGAUUGAAGAGGAUCCACAAACAAAAAAAAAAAAAAAAAAAAAUUGGAAAAUUAGGCAGCUUUGGAAGGACCCCAUGAAAUUUCUUUGGAUUUCAUGGAAGUUAUUACUGUCCAUAUAGAAGAAUCAUUCUGGAAUGUGACCUCAAUACUGUAGUAACUUUUAGGCCAUUGGCAGUUAUUAUAAAUUAGUAUUUGAUUAUCCUGGUUGAGUAUCAGUGAUUCCUAAUGCUCCAAAUUCAGAAUUCUCUAAAAUUCAGAAUACUCCAAAAUCCAAAACUAUGCAAAGAUGUGAUGCCACAAGUGGAAAAUUCCCCAGCUGAUCUCUCGUGGGUCUCAGUCAAAAUACAGAUGUACUAAAAAUGUAUAAAAUUUUUUCCAGCCUAUAUAAAACAAAUGAAUUUCCUCAAGAUGUCUCAUGUAUAUGCAAGUAUUCCAAAAUCUGAAAACAUCUAAAACAUUUCUGGUUCCAGGUAUUUCAGAGAAGGAACAAUCAACCUUUAGCAUUGACUUAGUCAUUUGCCAUUUUAUACUAUGCUCUGAAAUAAAAAUAACCCAUGGAAACAAAUGACUUUACAUUAUGAACACUACUGAAAUAGUGAUUUAAAACAGGGUCCUGUUUUCGACAAAGGAUAUUAAAAAUGUUAAAGUCAAACUUGCCCUCUUUGAAUUGAUAGUUUGCUUGGGCUUAAAAGAGAUACAGUAUAUUAAUCACAUCUUUUAUCAGUAUUGCUUAUUUCUGGGAAUCAUUUCUGGCUUUUUCAAAGAAAUAGUAUUAACAAGUACAUCUAUUAUGUAUUUUUCUCAUUUUAGCCUUUGCGACACCUGGCAAUUAUCAAGGCAUUCUUUAUUUUUAAAAAACUAAUUUUUAAAAGACUUGUGUUAUUUUGAUCAUGUAUAGUACCACCAACUAGAUAUUAUGAUUUUUGUACCUAGAAACACUGCCACUUUCAUAGUGAUGAGUUGAGUAAUACUGAUUUAAAACUUGCAGUAAAAAAUGCCAAACAUUGCAGUACCUUGGAAGCAGUUUUUUCUUGUACUAAAACUGUGAAAUAGUUAAAAUAUCUUAUCACAUAAUUUGCUUAUUAUACAGAUAACACUUAUUUUUAUUCCAUUUGUUUUAACUUACGUGGUAAUGAUGUCCUGUACUUUUUUGUCCACAGUUCGAGGUAAAAAUUAAAACUUCAGUUUUUCUUAAAGAGUUAACAUUUAAUUCAUACUUUGUAAGUGGAAAAGGCCCAAAAUUUGGAAAAAUUUGGUUGGAAAUAGUAGUAAUUGCACAACAGGAUAAAUUACAUCAUUUGUUUAAGUAGUAAAACCAGAACUCUUUACUAUUAAAUAUGGCUUUUCUAAAUGCAUGGUCCAGUAAUUGUAUUUACUGUAGUAUUUAAUAGCUUAAUGUUUUCACCUCUCAUGAUGAAUUUUAAGUUAGAUUGUCCAACAGCUCUAAUUUAAAAAUGAAACUAGGUAUGAAAUAAAUUUGAUACUUUUUUAAAAAGGUCUUGAGUUGAUAGCUUUUUUGGGAGAGAGAAAUUUAAGUUAAAUGUGUUGUAUAAAUUAGACUUUUCAAAAGGUUGUGAGUCUCAAUUGUAGCCAACCACAAUUCUAGAAGUUUGGCACAGUGUUUCUCAAACUUGAGAACUUAAGGCCUCCUGGGAAUGUUUAUGGAUUAGUUUGAACAACACUUGCUAUUUUUAGAUUCCGAGUUCUUGAUGGUAGUGCAGUCAACGUACUGCAACUCUCGACAUUGAAGGUGAUCUAGAAUAUGCUCUCAUAAUAUUUAAAUUAAAACUUGCUUAUAUAAAAGUACUGGACCCCAUGGGUCUGCAGAGCUCAUUUUAAGAAAAACUGGAUUAAGAGAUAUCUGAAAUAUGUUUCAGUGUAGUCACGUUAUUCAUGAAAAGAGUUUAUGUAUGUUUUACUUAUUACCACAUUUUACGGUAAAAGUGCAGCAAAAGAUCGUUAUAA